UAAAAUUAAUUUUACUUUGCCUUUAUACUGUUUUGAGGCAUUUUUCUCAAUAAAACUCCAUUAAUAACUAUGGGAAAAACUGGAACUGAAUUAGGAGAUAUGUUUUUCUCAUCAAAUUUGAUUUGACCCAUCAUUUUUUUUACAACCUUUUUAUGACUUCAUAUAUUGCUUUUGCAGAUAAAAUGAUUUGAGACUUCUGGAAAUACUGUCACCCUAUAAUAAAAACAGCAGAUUGGCAAUGUGUAUUUUCCAUUAAUGUAUAUGUAAUUAGAGUAUCACUGAUUCAAGUCCAGUAUGUCCUGGACACAGUGACAGCUGCAAGCUUAUGAGCAAUGAACAUCAUGAUGAAGUAUGACGGAGCUGCAGACUGAUCAUGGCAGGGAGCCAGUUGGAGGGGCUGGAUGCCCUAUAGCAGUGGGAAAGGGACUCUGAGGUGACGGCAAGACUAAUACUUUUCCAAGCAAGUCAGUCUUUUGAAGAUCAGUGGAUGUUUAAAUAAAUCAUUCAAGUUUCUUAGAAAGUAACAUGUUUUUGCACAAGCUGCCGUCAGUGUAAAAAAAUUACCUUGCCAAACGAGCGGAUAUUUCAACAUAUGGCCACCUUUACUUCUUAUAAAACUGGGGAAAUGCCUGCCAGCACUUGUCUUUACCAACACCCUUUUGGGGCCCCAGAACUUUAUGCUACAGAACGCACAUAAAACCUGAACACUUCUGAGUUAGGACGUAAAUUACUGAUUUAGGAAUAAAUUAAUUUUUGGCCAAUUUCACCCAGCCAUCUACCAAAUUAGCACUUGUUCUGUCACUGAAUUGUGAAAAAUGUGUCUGUUGUUUGCACAAAUAUACCUGGACUCUCUGGUGCCACUGUGAAAAAAAAGAAGCCUUAAAACCUAUGAUUACUUUCGCCCAAGAUUACUUUGGGCAAAGACAAGAGGACAAUUACACUUUUGUUUAAAUACUGAAACAGGUUGCUGGUGGUGUUAGUAUUGCUGGUAAGGUUGCCACCUUUCUGACUAAAUUUUGCCAUCAAAUGGGUGGAGUAAUAGCGUGCCAGUGGCCUGAGAGAGGGAUAAGAAGGAGCGCAUCCAGGAGGAAAAUAAGUUAGUGUCACAUUGGGGCAGAAAAAAAAUUGUCAACAAUUUUUUUGAACGUGCGUCAUUGUUGCCAUUUCGGGAAUCUUUGAAAAGAUUUGCGAAUCUUUCAGCGAAGCAAAACAGGACAGAUUUGCUCAUCACUAUUACUAACAUCUUUUGGAGACUUGCACUAGUGCAAAUACAUCACUUCAGCUGGUGUGCACAUAUGUUAUACUCAGCAGAUCAACAAUCCCUCUGGGAAAACAAUUCCAGGGGUUGAUACCUCUGUGGUAACCACAAAGAAAAUUUUCUUUUUCUUCCCUGGAAAAAGUAGGAGUUGUGAGCAGAAUAAACAAAAAAAGAAAAACUGAACUCUUGGGAACAGAGAUUUCAGCAGCCGCAGACGCCUGUCAGGGAAAUAAAAUCUAAGUGGCAUUUUCUAGCUGCUUGGCAAAAGCAUAAGUUAUCAUGAGUACAGGAAACAAUGGAUUAGACAGUUGUGGCCAAUAUUGCGAGUUGAGGCUCUGGUGGCAGCAGCCGUGCCUGGCGACCAGCACAAAAAAACACAAGGUUUUUUUUCCUCCCUGAUAAAAGUAAGUGCGGCAAUCAGAACCAAAAAAAUGCGAACGAACAUUGGCAUCCUGCCGUGCCCACCCUGUAUUACAGCCCAUUGCCCCAUUCUACACUCAUCACUUCCGCCAGUACCGCGUCACGGCCCUUAUAUGCGUAUCGGUUACCUGUCAGGCUGGAGCCAAAGAGCUACACAUUAAUGGCGAUGCGGGACGUUUAAGCAGCGAUACGGGAAUUGUGGGGUUUAUCAAGAAAAACAAGUGCCCCACGAAAAGUGAGGCUGUUGGGCAGUAUGCGGCUGGGGCUCAAAUUCCCAGCUCAAAUCAUUUGCAGCUAUGUGAUCUGUUCUAGUCUGAGUAGCAAACUUCCAGAAAUUUUCUUGGCAAAUGAUUGAGCUGCAACAUGCAGUCCCUCCACUUCAUCCAGAGUGCAUUGCUUGUCCUUCUUCCUUGGGAAUAGACAAAAGGCAAAUCAUGAUCCCUAUUGCUAUUCAGUCUCAGAAGAGUCCUAUUAAUGCUUCCCAUUCAACUUCCUUAGAAGUAACCCAGGAUGAAGAACUUGCAAAGGUCUUGGAACAAGAUCCCUCUCUGGAAGAUCUUUGUAGGCCUCUGUCCUGUAAACUGUGUAAUGUCACUCUAAACUCUGCACAGCAGGCUCAAGCUCACUAUCAGGGCAAAAAUCAUAACAAGAAACUUCGCAAUUACUGUGCAUCAAGUAGCUGUCCUGCAUCAUCUAGAUUGAGUCACACUCUGGAGAUGACUUCACCUCAAACUGUAUCGUCACUUAAUACAUCUUCCACAAAAGUAGGUGGGCGUGUGAUUCUUGCCACUGAGAAUGACUACUGCAAACUAUGUGAUGCCUCUUUCAGUUCCCCAGUGGUAGCCCAGGCUCACUACCAAGGAAAGAACCACGCAAAAAGAUUACGCCUAGCAGAAACACCCGCUAACUGUUUCAUGGAUUCAGCUGAAUGUAAGAGAAAAACUCGAAAAGAAGGAAAUGAACAUAAGAUGAUGCCAAUGAGAAGAAAUGCUUGCACAGUGCAGAACAGUACAGGUCCAUAUUUCAAUCCUCGUUCUCGGCAAAGAAUUCCCAGAGACCUAGCCAUGUGUGUCACUCCAAGUGGGCAGUUUUACUGUUCAAUGUGCAACGCAGGAGCCAGUGAAGAACUGGAGUUUCGCCAGCACCUAGAGACAAAGCAGCACAAAAGCAAAGUUUCUGAGCAGCGUUAUCGCAGCGAGAUGGAGAACUUGGGAUACAUGUAGUAAAAUGGCCUGUGUCAACUGUUGUUAUUUAAAUUUUUGGUUUGUUUUUCGGCUUAUGUUUAAACCUUAUUGCAGCUGGAGGUACCUGUUGUAUGCCUAAGGAUUUUCUGCGUCCCGGGCAUCAUGACAAUACUGGAGUGGCAUUACUUUUAUGUUUCUAAGCUAUUUCUGCAAGUGCUGGUAGAGAAGAAUCUCACAAGACAUACAGAAGCAUAUUCUGUAGAAGAGGUACUCUACAGUUCUACAUAUUAGUAGGUCUUUAUGUUCAGCUCUUGUUAAAAAAAAAAAAUAUCCGGCACACCUGAAAAUAGAAAAAAAAAAAAAAAAAAGAAGUGUAGUAUAAAAGCUAAAAACAUCAGACUAUUAGGUCAGUAGAAGUCCCAUGACCCUGCACGGAACUGCGAGUGUCUGUACAUUUCAUGAGACCUCAAAGGAUUAAAGGGUUUUCUUUAAUUUAUUUUAAAAGUUUCGGGGGGGGGGGGGGGGGCGGCCUGCUGUGCUAUCUCUAAUAUAUGACUAGCCAUAUUUUAUUAUAUAUUAUUAAUAAUAAUAGUUUAUUUUUUGUGUUCCUAAUUUCCUUCAUACCUUUUAUGGGAGCCCUAGGUGACUCCUUGUCUUUUAGCUUAGGUAACAAAUUUUUAAAACAGUAAGGUAAUAGUUACAUCCUUACAGCUGAAGCUUUGGAAGUGUAAUGUUACAUUCUUAAGGGAUAUUUCAUAUUGGGUACUGCACUGUUUGCUUUAAAUUAUAAGCAGUCACAGAGGAAUAAAUCCUUUAUCAUAGAGAUACUUAGGGGAUGAUUUUCUAUUUUCCAGCUUGGAAAAUAAUUGUCCGAAUUGCUAAUUUAUAGAUUAACCUAAUUCAGAUAGGUUAGUAUGCAGAGCAUCACUGCAUACUGACCACUAAAGAAUAUAAAUGUGUUUGACUGCCCAAAUUAAGCAAGCACAUUCAGACAAAUUGGCUUUGUUAUUGCGGUCAAUUUGUUAGUACUUUCCUGACUAUUCCUGUGUUAAAUAAUAAAAUAGAUGAAACGGAUGGGAAUCCUUUUGGAUCCCCUAGUAUGAUCCACAAUAAACCUGCCCUAUACUUAAUAAUAAACAUCCAAAGUAUUGUGCAUUCCUUUAGUAUAAUUUUAAAGCUUAUUUUUUUGUGUAUUUUAGAUAAACACAGUAUUUAAAACACAAUAAGAACAUAGUUUUUGCUUUGACUUUAGUAACAGAAAUCUGUAUGUUGUACAUUAGUUGACAACACACAAUCUAGUGUGCAUAAAUGAGCUGCCAUUCCAAAGAAUUCAAGGACAGUUGAACAUCUCUAUGGAUAUAUACACCAUGGAGACUUACAUUGUCAUGGUUUACAUGAACUUCCGAAAUGUAGGCAUUGGAAGAAAUCCCGAACAGUUCAAAGCAUGCAACUGUGUAUGUUAUAUUGGCGUAUAAAACCGAAAAAGCUCAAGAAACCCAAUACUGUGUUUGCUAGUAGACUGUACUAUAUACAACCACUUUUUUCAUUGUUACUGAAUGGGCAUUUAACAAAUUAAUGUGCAAUGAAAUGUAGAUAGUUAUGUGUAUAAAAUGUUCUAAUUGCACUCAAUUCCUUUGCUGCAAGAGGAGUUUAAUAUGUUCCUUUAGUAGCUCAAGGGAUAAUAUGUAUGGGACCUUGGCCAGUCAUUUUACAAGGGACAUCGCUUUCACUCCAAUGUUGUAUAUUUUAGUUUAGGGCAUUAUACUGAAAAUGUGGCUGCUUCUCCAUUUUAGGUCAAUGGCCACAAAACUUUUCUUCUUUGGUUGGAUUAUUGCGAUGUAUUUCUAACUUAUCUUGCUGCUUCACAAAGCCAUUAAAGGCUGGUUUUCUCACUGUAUCCUGUGUUAGCUUGGGAUAUUCAUUUCUGUCUUAAACUGCGUAUCCUUUAUGUAUAUGAAAAUGAAUGGAGUCUGGAGUCUGAGGACAACACUGACUGCUUGCUGCUGAACAACUGUAUUUAACAAGGGUAAGGUUUAGGGUAUGGUAAAGAGGGCAUUUGCCCCGAGUCCCUUGCACCAAAGAGGCACUUUCUGCAUCACCCCAUACUCUGUUGUAUAGCUAGUAAAGAUAUUUCCAGUAUGUUAAUCAGCAAUGCAGCCCUUAAACUUGCAGUUCAGAAAAAAACAACUGGGCCCAUAGGCUAUGCAACUUUACUUACAUAGAAGUGCAGUUGGCAGGCCUUGACAGUUUUGCUCCAGUGAAUUUAAGAGUUGCAGUACAGCAACAAAUAACAAUUGCAAUGCCCAUUUAUUUAUAUUUUAAAACUGUCAAAGAAACAAAAUCCAUGAAUGGCCGAGGGGAAAUGACAUUACUAGUUUAAAUAAAAGCUGUUAGUUUUCAGUCAUUAACAAGCUUGGUUAAUUUCUAUAUUGCUAAAAAUAUAUUUCAGGAUAUAAAUAUUAUUUAGCUAUAGUUAUAUGAACAUAUCAUAGGCUAUAAAAGACCAAAUAGGUUCUAUUUGAGAGUGAUUGUCAGACAUUAGUUCAUAUAUUUUUAUAUCCCAACACAAUUCAUUCUGACAAGAAUUUUGAAAGAAAGCGUAGUUUUCCUGUGACAUUUAUUUUGUAUUGAUAAAAUCCUACUUUAUCUUUAUCCAUGCACCUUGGAAUCUGAAACAUUGUGUGGCCUGUGGUAGUGAAAUUGCUUGUUAUUUCUGUCCUGCGUCAUAAAUAUUACAGCAUGAAGCAUUGUUUCCUGAAAUUCCCUUUGACAUAAGCAGUAUAGUAACAGUUUUAUUAAUAAAAAAAAGAGAUUUUCCUGCAAAUGAUAAGGUUCCCCUUACUCUUCACAUCUGGAAAGUCACAGGCUGACAAUCCCUGCAUUAAAGGAAGAGUGGAAAACCAUCAAAAGGGGUUGGUUUUAAACAAUUGUCAAAUAAAGUUUCAUUUGCUGUGCAUUCAUACAGGAAUAUGGAUAGCUCCAUAGUAUCACACUGAAAGUGUCCUUAUUUAAAAAAAAAAAAAAAAAAAAAACCUUACUACGUCCCUGCCCUAAGGCACAUCAGCAUUUUAGGGCAACAACCACAUUGACACUUUCUGUGCGCCAACAUCAGUAGGAACCAUUUGCCUACGUCUUUUGUUAAUAGUUUUGUAAUAAAAAUACAAAAAUCACAAGCCUUUGUUGCAAUUGAUCAGGAGCUUCACUAAUCUAAGGAAGAGCUGAAGUUGGUACCAACCAUCAGUUAUUGACUGGGGGCAAUUACUACAUAUGACAAUUCAGCCUUAUUCAAUGAGGUCCAUCCAAUGGACAUGGAAAAAGAAGACACUCCUUUAUAUUCCUUUUAUUGAUGGUGCUUUUGUGAGUGGGAACUUAAGUUUCAAUGGUGAUCCUCUAUUGCUCACACUCCGUAUUGUACUUUGACAUUAUCAAUCCAUUAAAAUACUUGCACUGAUCUCUUUUGACUCACAAUCUCACAAGCCUGUCUUGCCAUUUCAGAGGAUUCUUUGCCUUUAUAAACAUGCUGGUUCAUUCAAGAGACACAGCAGGAUGUUAAAUGUAAAUUUCUUUCUUCCCCUGAGCCUUGUGCGAUAUGUUGCCAUGGUAACCACUGAUGCAGACAUAAAGAACAUUCUUUUAAGAAGGAAGAAUUGGGGAGAGGAGGGAUAAUUAUACAUAGUAUACUAGGAAUUAAACCUUCUCUAUUAAAUGGAAUGAAAUCUUAAAAGGCUGUCUCAGGUUUUCACUGGAUACAAAUCUCUGAAUCCAAGUAGGGCCACACAAUCUGCUUGAUUCUUAUUAAAACUGUCUGGUUAUUGCCUCUACUCUCUUUCACCACAAUGUGGGCCAGUAGAAUAAAAAUGUAUGGUCUUUUUAUAAUGGAGGUCUUUAUAAUGUAUGGUCUUUUAAUAAGGAUACUCUCUGUAAGACAUAGCAUUUGCUCAUGUGAAUUCAGCCUUCUCCUGUUUACAUUUUUGCAUGUUCUGUUUUUUUAUAUUAAAUGUUCUUUUCUAUCUCGUUAAAGCCCUAUUGUUCAUUUUCUGUAAUUGUCAUAUAUUUUGCAAAAAUGUAAGACAAAAAACCAAACAUGAAGCUAAAUAUUGUUGAUGUACCUUCUAUUUAUUAACUCAAUGUGUUAUUGUCUGCCUAUAAAACCUUUUUUGUUCCGCACUA